UCCAUGUUGUUGAAAAAUCCUGAAGAUAAACAAUCAGUGAGCUAUAAAUAGUAAAUAUGCUGCAUAGUUCUGAUGAUCAAUAAUCCUCCCCAAUAAUCAGGUCACUCAAGAUGAUGUUAUGCAUUUUAUACUACAAUUGAUUAGUAUGGUAGAUUCAUUAAAGAGAGAGAUGUACAGCUCAAGGCUAUAUUUAACUGCUUGACUACUCUACAGGACCAAUCAUCUCGCCUGCAUCAAAUUCAAUUGAAAUUUUUAUAAUAUUGACUGCUGAAGUUAAAAACAAUAAAGUGAAGUGAUGGUGUGACUUUCUUGACAUUUCUUUUGUGGAAUUUUAACUAUCGUCACGAAAUAAUUAUACUAAUGGAAGCACAGUAUGUGUUGAUAUAUAUUUCCAAUACUAAAGUUUUGUUGGAUUGAAAUAGAUAUCUCACUAUUUGUUGAUUAUGUGAACUAAAUAUAUUUAUAUAGAGAUGUCGUUGAUAAUUCUGGAUAUUUUAAGAUCUCGAUAAUCUAUAUAUAUAUUUAUCUAUGAAUUAAAGUGGAAAAAAUGUGAUUUUUGACUGUGAACUGUGAAUGUUGCUUCUGAACGGAAAUGAAAUCCAUCAGCAACGUUAUGUCACUAUCUACAUCCGACCUCCAUGUCAUUUGACAAAUACAAUAUGGUUUUAUGUAGUUAUUGUACAACAUUUAAUUUCUAAAUACAAAAAUGACUUGUAAAAUGGUGGUUUUUUGCAAAGGUGUUUAUUACAAUUUAACUGAAGAUUAGAGGGGAAAGUUUUUAUAUUCUGAUCAAAGGAUAAAAUAUAUGUUAUCAAUCGGAUGUUAAUCUCAUAGCAAAUAUUUACCUGACAAAGAUGAAAGACAUCUUAACAAUUUGAAUUGUAAGAUCCACUCUUCAUGACUCGUAAGGAUCCAUCCCAGAUUUAUCAUAAUGUUCCCUUGGAAAACCUUAAUGUACCCCACAGAGUGUCAUCACAACCCAUAGUGGACCCCAACCAUCAUCAGAUUUUUGUUACCAGAAGUCAUUCAUUUGCUGGAAUGGCCAGUCGAUCUAGUCAGCUAAUGGAAUCUCCCUUAGGAACCCCUGUAUUAGGGGCUACAUAUAGGAGUAAGACUCAACAUAAAAUUCCACAUUCUCCAAGGCCAAGAUCUGGAGGCAAUUACAGAAAGUCACCAAAAGUGCCAAAGAUUCCCCGACCUAAUUGGACGACCCUGAUGUUUGAGAGCGUGAAAAAAGGAAUCGGGGAGUUUAUAGAAGCUACUAAAGACGAUAUAGACCAGUUAUGUGCCAGAGGUGUGGAGCAAGCUACAUCUACUGCUCAGGGGAAAUUAUUGGAAACAGAUAAGCAAAUUAAAGCAGCAGAGAGAUACCUGAAAAGAUUAGAGUUUCAUCUGUCUAAGAUUGAAGAGUUACAUGAUUGUUAUAUGGUACAGCAACAACUGAGAGAAGGUACCAGAAAUUUACAGAAGGCUUAUACCACAUCACCAACCAGUCAAAAAGACACACUGAGUAAUGUUAAAUAUGGCAUGUUAGAAUGUAUACAGACAAUGUGUGCAAUAGAAGCUCAGUUAGAGGCUAUGAUGGGAACGUUCCAUUGUAGAAUUAAAGGUAUGGCAGGCUUUGCAAGAUUAUGUCCAGGAGAUGUAUUUGAUAUUACUCUGCGACAUGGGUCACAGAAGUGGCGUUCACGUGGCAGAGUGGAAAAAACAGGGAACCAGAGAUGGGAGAACCCAGAGAAUACAUUUAAAGCUGUCAUUGGUGAUGGGCUUCAUAUAAAGGGAGUAGAAGUAAGAAGCUUCAAGUCUGUGAUAUUAGGACAAAAAACAUGUGAGACGAAAGAUUUGUUCUCCUGUAAUCCACAGUUAAUGACAGUCAGCAUCAAUACCAAUGGUUCUCUUAAACUUAGUGUAAUAAUCACAUGGAAUCCUUUAGAAGGUGUGGAGGAGUCUAUGUCAUAUUUCGAUGUUCCAAGCAGACCACAGACUACUCCACGGAAGAGACCUGUAUCUGUGUUGGCUCUAAAUGGAGAACUGAGUGGAAGUUACUCAAGUUUAUCAUCAGACGACAGCAGAAGACAUUCAACACCACCAAAUCUAACCACAACCAAAGACGAUAACUUUAUUUUACGUACGAGUGGUAAUCAUAGUAGUUUCUCAUCACCGUAUCGUACAGUUCAUUCUGACAAUUCUUUUAACCUACAAAGAGACUCAGGAUUUUCUAGUGUUAUACAUGUACCCAGUGCUAAUUCACCGUUAGGAAUGAAACGCCAUGCGCCACCAGUACCUGUGAUGGAAACUCCAGAGAUUACUUCAAAUAACAAUAUUGACAUUGUGAAACCAAUGGCAGCGCCCUCUAUAUCACCCUUAGUGACAUCCUCGCCAGCAUCAACGUUACUCUCAUCGUGGUAUUCACAUUUACAUUUCCCCGUGGCAUUAGGUCACACUGUGACAUUGUCAAAAGACGAGCCAACAAAUGUAGAGGAUGCUUUACACAGUCUGAUGACUACGUUAGAGGAUUAUCAUGGACAGUAUCGGGAGUUAGAAAAACUGGAAGAUGUUGUUGUCAUGUUAGAACAAAUAUUACGAAAACAUUCACGAUGCAGUUCAAGAUCAUCCAGUAUAAGUAUUUCUAUUGAAAGCGCUUUGGGUGCGUUUGAUUUUCUGAAUACAGAAGAAGAGAAUGGUGAUCCAGAAAAUCAUCAUGAUGCUUCUGUAUUUGACCAUGUCAUGUCUAGUCCAGAUUCAACUGCCAAAACUGCUGACUCAGGGAUUGAGUCAUUAGCAAAGCGCCUAAGUGAAGACACACAACUUGGAUCCAGUUUAGGUUCCAGUCCUUUGCCACCAACUACAGAGAAUGACCAAGUGGAUCAUGCCUUAGUGUAUCAUUUAGUUUAUUGUGAGAGAUUACUUGAGAGCCUUGGUGUAUAUGGUCCAUUAAAAUGUAGGGAAAUCUAUGCAUUAGAUAGACUUCAAAAUCAGGCUGAUAUAAUAGAUAGUUUGAUAAAGAUCUCAGAGAAUGGCUCCGAUAUUGACUUAUUGUCUGUGAUGUCCAGUUUAACUGAAGAUAAAAGUUUACGAGAAUUCUGGGCCAGGUGUACUGAUCAAAACCUCUUGUAUAUACAACCAGAGAAACUGGUUACCUGUUUAGAUCAAAAGUAUGGUGCUCAGCUACGUAGUAAAUACGAGAGAGAUCCAAAGAGAGUAAUACGUCAUUUAGUAAUGAGGUUACUAGAUGUCCCAAAUUAUGACCCUGAAACUAUAAAACCCACCUGUAUAGUAACACUUCACCAGUUCAUGACCUAUUUUAAAGAGGAAGGCGGUCUUCAACAUGUUGAUGCAGUAGCCAGUGAAAUUAACAUGAUUGAGAAGUUAUGCUGCGAGGAUUCAGAUACUGUGAUAAAAACAAUAUUGCAAUUAAAAGAUGGACUACCCCAACCACAAUGUAUUAAAAUACUUGGUGUACUUCUGAUGGGUAGUGAUACAGAAAUAGCUGAUUAUAUAGAAUCAUAUUUAAGAAAAAUUAACAAGAACAAAGAAUCACGAGAUAAGGCUUUAGUUGUAUUUGCUGAAGGUUUAGAAGACAAGACUUCUGAGAUCAGAGCAGGUGCUUGUAAAGCUCUACAGAUAUUGGAGGCUACAGAGAGUAUCGACAGAUUGGCCUAUAUUUGUCAGACAGAUAGGUCAACUACAGUCCAGGACCAAGCUAAGGCAGCCCUUACGUCAUUAGGUGAAGAUGGGAGAAGGGCUUUUGAUGAUACACAACUUACAACCCAUGGAUUUCAAGGUAUUCAGGUUCAGAAGUAGCUCUACAGACAUUGUAAACAAUGGCCAGAUACUAUUGGUACAUGGAUAGUUUUCCAACACAGAAUCCAAAAGUUCAAGGAAUUCAUUCAUCUGUUAACAGAUUGAUUUACUGGAUUAUUUAUUUAUCAAAGUUACAUGAAGUUAUGUUUUAAAUAACAUACAUUUGUUUUGAAUCUUUAAUCUGCAUCAAUACAAUGAAUACAAAAGCCUUUUGGUCAUAAAACUUUACUCAGUACUCUCUGAGUACAAAACUUCUGCUCGAAACGCCUAAUCUGGCAUUUUGAUUGGUUGAUUUCUGUGUAUGAUAAUUGUACUCGAAAGUUUUAUGACCGUAAGCUCUGAUUCAUGUAUUGCUUGAAACCCCUACCUGACAUGACCACUAACUUAUAUUGGAUCAGUUUGAAUUGUAGCUGCUUGUAUUGAAAAGUACAUAUUCAUUGGUAAUGUUUAUAGCUUUACUCACCAAUUUAUUUAGAUUACCAACACCCCAUUAAAAACUACCAUCUCAGUGUUCGCCAAAUUUUACCUCAUUUUAAAAUCAUCUAAGUAAUUUUACUCCUACCAAACAGCAGCUGUUUUCACCAAAACUAUUAUGAUAAAAAUUAAUCGUUAGUUAUUUUGAAAUGUUCAUAACCCACUAGUCUUUUUUUCUAGUAAGAUUUUUUUUGUGAAAAGGGUCACAGAUCUAAGAAGAAUGUAUUUUAUCCACAAUAAUAAGCUUUACCAAAAUAUUCGAAUAUUGAUUGCAAGGAGUAAAGCAAAAUACUAUUUUUUGUAGAAUUUUAAUUUCUGUCAAAGAGGCAGAAACUGACUCUAAACUUGAAAAAUGUUGAGAGUCAUAACUUUCAUAUGUUGAUCUGAAUAUUAUUAAUUGAACAAGCUAUUUGCAUAAUACCUCAUUCACUGAAAUUUUUGCAAUUGAAUAAGGUGCUUAAUAAAUACUCAUUAAAUUGUCAUUUACUUGCCAACAUUUUUAUAAUGAUAGACUUUGUAUGUUGUAGAUGUUUACUGAAACGGACCAAUAUAUUUAGAUUUUUUACUAAAACAGACCCAUUUAAAUGUCAAAUAUUACACAGUCCCAUCAACACCAUUCUCAAAUCAACUGUAAUGAAACUAUUGACUAUUGUUUGGGAUGAAAAAUCAAUCAGAGUUAUCUCCCUUUUAUAAACAUAUACUAAUAAACUUCAAAAAAUAUUUUUCUCAAACCAAUGUUUAUAAAGCAUAUUAUAAAUUUUGGCAUUGAUUGCAGAUUUUGAUGAAUUAUAUUAAAAUGAACUCAAUUGAGUAGGAAUAUAGCAUGUAGUCCAGGAGAAAACACUCGGAAAAAUAUUUUAUUUUUUAAAAAACUUAAAUCUACAUUCCUUUCCUAAAGUUAUAUUAAGGUUACAUUAAGCUACCAUUUAAAAGUCUUGUAAUUUUUAUUUGAACUUAUUUACAACAAAUACAAUCGUAUAUGUAAUGCAAUUGAUAAUACGAGAAAUUGAACAUAUUUAAAAAUUUGCUGUGCUUGGCUUUUUUUAUACGAUAUAAAAGCAAGUAACAUCAGUCUCAUGAAAUGUGUAUGAACCAAACAGAAAUAAACUUAAAUGUUACAAAAUAAAGAUGUGCUGUAUAGAAGUGAGCCGCACCAAUUAACACAUCUUCAAAAAAAUGUUCAAAAUCAUUUGAUAUUGAUGUACAAAACUAGUCAUUUAUAAAUAGGGACAUAUGCCCAACGUAUCUUUUCAUUGGUGAGAACUCAUGUUACAUCAGCACAUUUUUGCUUUUUAGGACAUUUCUCUUAUUUAAAGAGAAUCAUCUAUAAUAACAAUUAUGCAAUACACAAAAUGCUAAGUGAUGAGUAAAAUAGGAUGUUCAGUUUCUGGUAAUCAAUCUACACAAGCUUUGACUACAAAAGAUGUUGGUAGAUAUUCAUUUUAAUAUGUGCAAUAUAUUGAUUUUCAUGAUAUACUGUUGUAUAAACUUCUCAAGUAGAAGGAAAAUGUUAUUAUUGUUAUUUACAAACUUUAAAUUACUUUAAACAAAAUAAUAAAAGUGAUUUAAAGAUUAUUGUUAAAAAGAACUGAAGAAAUUUACAUUUUUGCAGUUUAUAUUGUGUACUAUCAUACAUUUUGUUUUAUCAUCUUGGAAAUUCAAUAUGAAAAUUCUAUACAGCAAAAUCCUGAUAUUAGCAAUACUAUUAGGUGUUAACUUUAUAUUCAACAAAAGCAUACAAGAAAAAAACACUUGUGAAAGACCAGACUUACAAUUUGAGAGUUGUAUAAUUGUCUUUAACCCACAUCCUUUAUUUUACUUAUAUCAUGUUUAUCUUUAGGUACAUUCAGUUAAGCAAAUGCUGCAGGUAUUUGUUAGUAGCAAACAAUGUAAGAAAAUUCUUGUAUUGCCAAUGAUUUUGUCCCUGGUGGAAACAUCUUUAAAACUCAAUUAAAGAAAAUAAUUUUUUAGGUAAAAAAAACCUAAUCUGAUAGACUCCUAAUUGACACUUUUUAGUUCAAGAGAACCUAAGAUGUAUAUAAAGUAAUAUAUAUACUUUCUCUGCCUGCAUUAAAUUGACUAGAUUUUGUUAAAAUCUGUUAAUGAUGUAAAAGAAAAUCUGUUGUAAAACAAUUUGUUUUGAUUACUGACUUGAUUGAGAUUAUGACAAUGUAAUUAAUUGUAAUUUUAUAAUUGUAGUCUAGUCAAAUUGUUCAUAUAAAAGUUAUCUUAAUGGUUAUAUAUUAAAAUAUAUAUGAAAUGAAA